AACUAUGUAACAAAUUGAAAUGCAAAAUGCCAAACCAUCACCUCCUUCAUCUUCUACUUCUUCACACCACUUUCUCCAAUUCUUAUUCUCCCCCCUCUCUCUCUCUAUCUAAACCCCUCACAACUCUCUUUCUCUAGACUCAUUCCUCAAUGGAAAACUCUCAUUCACCUAGACCCCUAGAUUCCAAACACCCUUCUCCAACCACCCAUAGCAAUAGCACCAAUUCCACCACCACCACUAACCACCACCCCUCACCACCCCCCACCCCUACCCCAAGAUCCGACCCGAACAACCCAUACCCAACAACCUUUGUCCAAGCCGAUACAUCUUCCUUCAAGAAAGUAGUCCAAAUGCUAACCGGAUCCUCCGAAACCGCCAAGCACGCCGCCGCAACCCGACCCGACUUCCCAACCCGAAGCUCAAUUCCACCAACAAAAACCGGCCUAAACAAGAAACCCUCCAAACUAUACGAAAGAAGAAACACUAUGAAGAAUUUCAAGAUCAGCCCAUUGGUACCCGGGUUUGUAAACGGGUCGGUUUUCUCCGGAUCGCCCCGGCGACCCGGUACGCCGGAGAUUCUCUCUCCGGGAAUUCUUAACUUCCCGUCGUUGGUUCUCAGCCCGGUUACACCGCUUGUUCCGGAUCUUUUCAACCGGUCUCCGGCGACCGGAGAUAGUCCGAUCUUGAACGUUGAAGCUGAAGAUCAGGCGAUUGCGCAAAAGGGUUUUUAUUUUCAUCCGUCGCCGGCGAGUACUCCGGCGAGUUCAUCGGAGCCAAGACUUUUGCCUCUGUUUCCGGUGACGUCACCUAGGGUUUCAGGUUCUUCUUGAGUUUUUUGUUUAAUUUUCAAUGUAACGGUUAUGUUAAAGUGGAAAUUUGGAUAAGGAAUUUGUCAAAAUUUGGGGAAAAUGGUGAAGAAUGAUGAAGAAGAUGAAGAAAAUGACCCACCUUGAACAAGUACAAGUUUUAAUGCAUAAUGUACAAGUCAUUAUUGCAGUAUUGGGCUCAAGACAGCUUACCCAGAAAAUACUUUUUUUGCUGUCUUUAAUCUUGGUUGUACAAGUUUGUAUCUUGUUCUUGGUUUCAACUUUUAAAUAUUAAAAUUUUUAAUCUUAUUUCUCAUGCA